AUGUCGAGCCAAUCUAUCAACCAAAAGUCCAUACUUGUCACCGGCGCAACCGGUAAACAAGGUGGCGCUGUCAUCUCAGCUCUCCUGGAGGCUGGUGCUGGAGAUACGCACACCAUCCUUGCUGUCACACGCAACCCCGCCGCAGCAUCAGCAAAAGCUCUCGAAGCGCAGGGAGUUAAAGUCUUCAAGGGUGAUCUCAACGACGUUCCAGCCAUCUUCGCCUCAGCAAAGUCAGCAUUGGGCGGCUCAACGGCAGAAAUCUGGGGCGUGUACAGCGUGCAAACGGCCAUAGGUCAAGGUGCCUCAGCAGAGUCCGAAGAGAGGCAAGGAAAGGCUCUGAUUGACGAAGCUCUCGCCAAUAAUGUCAAGCACUUUGUCUACUCGUCAAUAGACCGCGGAGGUGAUUCAUCUUACGACAACGUCUUUCCCCAGGUCCAGCACUUCAAGAGUAAAUACAACAUCGAACACUACCUCGUCGAAAAGGCGAAGAAUCAGAUGACCUGGACUAUUCUUAGACCCGUCGCCUUCAUGGACAACAUGACACCGGGCAUGGAGACCAAAAUCAUGGCAACCUCAUGGAGGGUUGCGGUGAAGGAAAAGCCGCUUCAACUCGUUGCGGUCAAGGAUGUCGGUUACUUUGCGGCACAAUCAUUUCUUCGCCCCCAAGUCUUUGCCAGCAAGGAGGUUCCCAUUGCAGGCGAUGAGCUUACUCUCGACGAGGCGAAUGCAGUAUUCAAGAGAAAAAUCGGCACGGAGAUCCCUGAAACGUUCCAAUUCCUUGUGAGGUUCCUUCACUGGAUGAUCGCGGACUUCGGAGCCAUGUACAGAUGGUUCUAUACUGACGGGUUUCGCGUCAACAUCGCCUCAGUGAAGAGACAGCACAGUGGAUUACUAAACUUCGAGGAGUGGUUGGAGAGAGAGAGCAAGUUCACACAAAAGUAG